AUGCACUGUGCCUUCUCAGCGGACUUGGAAAAUUCAGAGGAACCCAAUUUCCAGAAGAAGCUAAUCAAGGAUCUUGGUAAGAAAGUUAUCAAUGCCAGUCUAACCUCAAGUGCAGGCCUUUGGACUUACGGUAAUGUGAAUCAAGCGAAGAAGUUUGGGGACGUUUUCGAUGAUAUGGUAUCUAAUUUCUCCAGUUUCGCUUUAAAAGCAGAAGAUCUUUUUUGUUUUGGUGAGGAACGCUCUCCUCCCGGUGGUGAAAACAAGGAGGAGAAGCCGGGCUGGAAAAUCGACCCCAUUUAUGAUUACAACAGGAUUGUGAUCAUCAGCUUGCAAGGUGUCAACUUUACCAACAACGUUGAUACCGAAAGAGGAGUUUCCCUCAAUGUAGACCUUUAUCAUUUCAAUGAGUCUGACAUCCAAGCUGUAUACGAUGAUAUCGUGAGGGGCUUCAAGAGUAAUUGA